AUGACGGAGUCUGGGAGCUUUAAGAAGUUGACGCUGAUUUCUCAGGAUGAAUUCCAAACGCUCACACCCAAAACAUCUGUGGACCCCAACCAGGAAGUCCCGCCCCUUCCUGUGACAGUAGACACCGUGGAGCUGUCCCCCUCUGCCCCCCCCUCCCCCAGCCCCCGCACCCCCCGCACCCCCGGCCGCUGCGACCCAAACAAGACGCCCAGAUUUUACCCCGUGAUAAAAGAGAGCGGCUCCAUUGACGAUCAGACUCCUCGUAAGAAGAAGACCCGGCACAGCUCAGACCCGCCCCUGGAGAGCCACAUCGGCUGGGUCCUAGACUCCCGCGGACACAGACCCCGAUCCACCUCCAUCAGCAGCUCUAAUGCGUCCCCCUCUGAGGGUGCCCCAGUCUCCAACACGCCUCAGUCUCUGCCCAAGUUCUGGCACCCGUCACAUGACCUGCUCCGGGACAACGGCUUCACCCAACAGGGCUACCAUAAGUACAGGCGCCGCUGCCUCAACGAGCGUAAACGUGUGGGUGUCGGCCGCUCUCAGGAGAUGAACUCUUUGUUCCGGUUUUGGUCAUUUUUCCUCAGAGAUAAUUUCAACAGAAAAAUGUACGAAGAGUUUAAGCAGUUUGCUCUGGAGGACGCACACGACAACUACAGGUAUGGUCUGGAGUGCCUGUUCAGAUAUUACAGUUAUGGAUUGGAACGACGCUUCAGACUCGACCUGUUCAAAGACUUCCAAGAAGAAACACUGAGGGACUUCGACACAGGUCAGCUCUAUGGACUGGAGAAGUUCUGGGCCUUUCUGAAAUAUUCUCGCAUGAAGAACCAGACGAUUGAUCCCAAACUGCAGGAACAUCUGUCCAAGUUCAAGACCCUGGAGGACUUCAGGGUCAUGCCUCCUUUAGAGGGCGGCCGCCGCAAACGCACGUCAUCCAGGAGUGGGUCAAAACCUGGCAAGAACCAACCCGAUACAACAGCCAAAGAAGGCUCCAGCAGCGGAUCGAAAGCCCCCAAAGAAGGCCCCAAAGAAGGCCCCAAAAGCGGAUCGAAGGCCACCAAAGAGGGCCCGAACAGUGGGCCGAAAGCCCCCAACGAAGGCCCCAAUGAAGGCUCAAAAGCUGCCAGUAACCAGCCCAAUCCCACCACCACCAAAGCUCCUAAAGAGAUCCUCAAAGCUGGGUCAAAAACGGCCAAAGCCCAGCCUGAUUCCUCCAAGAAGAGCUCUAACCCCUCCUCGGCUAACCCCAAAGAGAGCUCCAAAGGUGGGCCUAACCCUAAAGAGGGCUCCAAAGGUGGGCCUAACCCCAAAGAGGGCUCCAAAGGUGGGCCUAACCCCAAAGAGAGCUCCAAAGGUGGGCCUAACCCUAAAGAGGGCUCCAAAGGUGGGCCUAAUCCCAAAGAGGGCUCCAAAGGUGGGCCUAACCCUAAAGAGGGCUCCAAAGGUGGGCCUAACCCCAAAGAGAGCUCCAAAGGUGGGCCUAACCCUAAAGAGGGCUCCAAAGGUGGGCCUAACCCUAAAGAGGGCUCCAAAGGAGGGCCUAACCCUAAAGAGGGCUCCAAAGGUGGGCCUAUCGCCUCCACAGAUCAGCCUGAUGCCACCAUCACCGCUGCCCCAGCAGAGAGCUCUUUCCUGGGCACAGACGCCGCCAAAGCCCCCGGCCAAACUGGCUCCAAGACGAACGAGAAGUGA